AUGGCUCCCAAACCGCCUCCCACACAUCCUCCCCCGCCUGGCACAGCCUCUGUACCUUUCAGCCUGUCUACUCUCAACGAGUAUAACUCAUUGGGACAAGCAUCGUCAAUCGUAUCGUUCCAAAACAUCACAUUCCAACAACCCUACCAGAAGUACUCCACGGAAGAACUCAGACUUGCCGAUUAUCAGGCAGGCAGAAGAUUUACUGAACCUCUCAGUGGUGCUGGAGUUGCCAGUCCAACUGCUUCUGCAUCAAGCAAUUUCGGGGCCACUAACGGUACGGCUGCUGUCUCGAAACCGAAGGAGACUAUUGCAAGCAUCUUUGGAAGCAACAGCUCUGAUGGUGGUGGUUUAUUUGGGAACAACAACAACAACCCACCCAGUCUCUUUAGCAACACCAGCGUCACCAAGCCUGGCCCAACUGAUAGUGUCAAGUUCAACAGCAUUCCUAGUAGCAGCUCCGGAAGCACCGGUUCUGGUGGUGUCGGUUUAUUUGGGAGCAUGACAUUCUCGUCCAGUGUCUUCGCCAACACCAGGUUCGCCAACACUGCAGCAGCCACUACCGUCAAGGCCACCAACUCUACCAGGAACCUCUUUGGAAGUAACACGGCUCAGGCCCUGUCUUUGCAGCCCUCCAAGCCUAUCCCUUCCUCGAAUACUUCCACUCCUGCGACGAAUCUGUUUUCCUUCACUCCCUUCACUUUUCCCAAGAUGGUGACUCCUCAACAGAGCGCUUCUCCCACGUUGUCAGACGCCAGUACCACCGCGGCUAAGCAACAGCUGAAUUCCCAACCAGCCCCCAUCAUCUUCUCUGGCACUGUCACGCCAAACAGGGACCUCCGUUCAGCAUCCGCGGCCAGAUGUGAAUCCAAGAGCAUCAGCACAGAGCAGGAAAGCAGUACUAAUGAGGAAAGCGAUGCCACCAGCGAUUGCGAAUCGACAACUGAACACGAAGACCCUAUCCCGACGGCUCACCUGCGUCUCCUCGAGCGUCGCUUGGACUUGGAUGAGCUCAAUGAGAUUUCGACCACCCCGCUUUUCACAGAGCCAGUCCGCAAGUACGCGAACAGAAUUGCCAAAACCGCCCAUGGUCAGGAACCGUUUACCCAAUACGGUCUGCUUGGAGGAGAUAUUGGCUCUCUUGAAUCAGGGGAGCCAGCCAACCCGGAUCCGCGCGUAUUCUGGAAUAUCGCAGCGCCCUCGAGCUUUUUCAUUUGUGGCAGCCAAGGCUCCGGCAAGAGCCAUACGCUCUCCUGCCUGCUAGAGAACGCAAUGGCUCCAUGCGAGGCAAACGUCCUUCCUCAUCCGCUGACUGGAAUUGUGUUUCAUUACGACACUUUUAUAUCUGACGCCGGUGGAUCCCCCUGCGAAGUGGCCUGGUUGUCCUCCAAUCCCAAGAUCAAAGUGCGCGUAUUAUGCCCGCCGACAAACAUCCGGACGAUGCGCAAAUUGUACGGCAAAUUCCCCCACAUUGUCAUUGAGGAGCUUCGCCUUAACGAGGCCUCUCUUGACACCAAGCGUAUGCUUGACCUGAUGGCAGUCAGCUCUGGUACCUCUAUGCCGCUCUACCUCCAUGUGCUCAACCGUGUCCUGCGUGAUUUGCGCAUUAAGCAGCAAGAAAAUGGCGGCUCCUUUGACUAUGCCGCCUUCAAACGGAACAUGUUUUCUCAAGAGCUUACAGAUCAACAGCUCGCUCCAUUAAAGCAGCGCCUGGAUACUCUGGAAAGCUUCAUGGUUGAGCAACAGGCCAAGGCGUACGUACAAGGCGGUCAAGCAAACCCCAAGACAUCGACCAAAGCAACUAGAGGCAACGACUGGACCCCUCGUGCUGGUACGCUUACCAUCGUCGACCUUUCUUGCCCCUGCGUGACCUCAGAGAUGGCCUGUUCAUUGUUCAACAUCUGCUUGUCUCUAUUUCUUGAACAGGACCCCAACAGCAUUGGGCGUAUCAUUGCGCUUGAUGAAGCUCACAAAUACAUGAGCUCGGACACUGGAUCGGCUGAGUGUCGCACCUUGACGGACCGUCUCCUUGAAACGAUCCGCCUUCAACGGCAUCUGGGAGCUCGCGUCAUUAUCUCGACCCAGGAGCCUACAAUUUCUCCCAAGCUCCUUGACCUAUGCAGCGUUACAAUUGUGCAUCGGUUUACCAGUCCCGACUGGUUGAGGGCUCUGUCCAAGCACUUGGCGGGUGUGAGCAAGGGCGGGAGGAUGUUGGAAAAGGCUUUGGCGAUGAACCAAAACGGGGCUGGUGAUGAGGGCAUCGAGAAUGUUGGUGUCAAUGCAUUGUCCUUGGGCUACAGCGACCCUGCCAUGGAACUUUUCUCCAAGAUCGUGGCUCUCAGAGUUGGCGAGGCGCUGGUAUUUGCACCGAGCGCAAUCAUGGGUGUGCAGAAGGCCAGUCCUCGACCUCCCUCCACAUCGACACCUACACCCAAGCCUGAUGCUGGAUCUGUUGAAGGUUUACAAUCUCAGCUGGAGCGCAUUGAUUUGAGUCCGCAAUCGGCUAGCGACAAGCAAAAUCAGGAGGCCGUAACAUCCGCCACCGCUACCUCGACUGGAGCCGAGAAACCCGCCUCUUCCACUUCGACGACGACAUCUGCGACAGUCAAGAGGCUGGCCCACGGCGUGCUCAAAGUGCGUAUCCGUAACAGAACUACUGCCGAUGGAGGCCGGAGUAUUAUGGCCGCCUAG